CCUUCUCUAAUCAAAUAGAAACAUGUCGUCCAAAAUCCCAUCCUCGUUCGACGGAACCAACGAGCUCGAUGUAGAGUAUGUGAAAACACUCACGUAUUAUUAUAUGUAAUCUAUUCAAUUGCUGUUUUACAUUCAUGUGUACUAACUCGCGACAGUGAAAUGGACACAAUCCAGAAGCUUGUUUCCAAGAGCAAGCAGCAGCCCUUGGUGCCAAUAGGAACGCUUUUGACAACGGCAGCCGUGAUACUUGCUGCCAAAGCCUUGAAACAAGGAAGAAAACUGGACACUCAGAAGUACUUCAGGUACAGAGUUGGCUUUCAGGCUUUUACACUUGUGGCGUUGGUUGUUGGCGGCUAUUACUACCAAAAAGAAACAGCCGAACAAAAGAAAUCGCGCGAGGAUCUUGCCCGGGAGAAAGCCAAGGCAAGAGAGCUGCUUUGGAUCGAGGAGUUAGAGAGAAGAGAUGCCCUUAUCCAGUCGAGAAAACAGAGGUUGGAGGAAUCCAAAAAAGAGCUCCUCAAAGUUGCGCUGGAGGGAUUUGAGCAGGAGAGAUCCCAGGCCGAGUCUGAGGACAAAUCCGAGGAGUCAUAGAGAGUCAGUCUUUUCGCCUGUAGAGUCCGGUUCAUGCUAGUUCUUGUUCAUGAUCGUAUGGUCGGCAUGAAUGCAGACUUUGGAACUGUAAAUAGUUAACGAUUCACGUAUUGCACUUGAUUGCCGUAGGCGACUUUGGGGGCAGAGGGGGUUCUUGGAAUCUGGAAUUUUCUUGCAAGAGGGAACUCUGGUCGCAACUCACUUGCUUUUCUUAUUUGGAUAUGGCUCUGAAGCAUCCACAAUCUGUCAGCUGGGUUAGACAUUUGACGUUGAAAAAGACGAAUCGAAGGAUAGUUAUGGACAAUGCUCCUGUGGAUAAA